GGACAGACUGCACCGGGGAGGAGUCUGAUAGUCAGGAGCAGGACAGACUGAAGGACAAACACUGAGGAAAUACACCACGAGUCCAGCAAUAACCAGCAGAAUCCAGAAACCAGCUCAUCUUCUGAUCGACCAUCUGACCGUCUGAGACGAAGGAGUGAACCAGUCUGUCGUCUGCUCUGCAGAGGGAAUGGUUGCGUCUGCGUCGUCUGCGGUGGCUCGCCGCUUCCUCGCCGCUGCAUCGCACGGAGGCCAUGAAGGAGGAGUGAAGACAUGGAGGAUCCUGUCGUUCGUGCUGGCGUUACCGGGCGUGGCCGUGUGCAUGGUGAACGCUUACCUGAAGCAGCAGGCUCACUCUCACGGGCCGCCCGAGUUCAUUCCAUAUCCUCAUCUGCGCAUCCGCACCAAGCCAUGGCCAUGGGGUGAUGGAAACCACUCACUGUUCCACAAUCCUCACACCAACCCUCUGCCCACCGGCUACGAGGACUCGCACCACCACUGAGCUGCACGGCACCCCCCGGAGGCCACCUGAGGAACGUCUCCACCUAAAACUACUGCAUGGAACCAGAAAAGUUUCACCUUGACUUAAAUAAAAAACAUUACAGAG